AUGGGUGGUGGAGAUCUGAACAUGAAGAAAUCCUGGCACCCGCUCCUGUUGAAGAACCAGGAGCGGGUCUGGCUGGAGGAGAAGAAAGCGUUGGAAGAGAAGAAGAAGCUUGAUCAGCUGCGCAAGGAGAAGGAGGAGGAGCGACAGUUGCAGGAAUUGCAGCGAUUGCAGGAGGAACAGACCGGGAAGAAGAGGCAGGAGAAACUAGAAUGGAUGUAUACGACUCCAGCAACGGGAAGCAACCAGAAUGCAAACGACCUGGAGGACUAUCUGCUUGGUAAGAAAAGAGUGGACAAGAUUCUGACCGCGGACGAGAACGAGAAGGUUGGCGCUGCUCACAAGAACUUCAUUGCAACGCAGUAUGCAAAUACUGUCAGGGAUACUGCUGCGAAGAUUCGUGAGGACCCGCUGUUCGCCAUCAAGCAGAAGGAGCAGGCUGCAUACCAGGCACUCAUGUCCAACCCUCUGCGUUUACGAGAGAUGCAGGAGCGCACUGGCAUCAAGAACAAGAAGAACAAGAAGGACAAGAAGGACAAGAAAGAGAAGAAGCACAAAGACAAGCAUAGAGAGAGAUCAGCUUCGCCGUAUGAUGACCGGCAUCGUUCAGACGCUCGCGAUCACUACUCUCGUUCGCGGCCGUCUCCUAGUCCACAUGAGCGGCGGUCACUGUCUCCCCCACCCUUUCGCACACGAUACGGCGAUAGCUAUAUGCGCGCUCCCGAUGAUAUUCACUACCCUAGUCGACGGGGACGAAGCAGGAGCCGCACACCUGACUCGUAUCGCCGUAGGGAUCGGAGCAGAAGUGAGGAAAGAAGGAGAGAUGACGGGAGGGCCGUACGCACGUGGCCGAGGUCAGACGAGUCAGACGACAACGCCUACGACCGUCGACGACUCAGGGAGUCUCUUGAUGACCGGAAACGGGCCAGGAGCAGGAGCAGGAGCCUCACACGAUACGAUGCUGCGCCUUCGAAGCGCUCGCGUUUGAGCCCGCCACCGACCUCGAAGCCAACAGGCUAUAGUGCGGAAGAUCGUGCUGCCCGUCUAGCAGCCAUGUCUUCGGAUGCAAUGACGCUAACCGUGGAACGAAAGGAACGUUUGACGUUAUUGUUGGCACAGGAGAAGGCGGAGGCGGAGGCGGAGGAGCGCGUAAGGACGAAGUCGAAGGGCAUGGGAAGUUUCCUCAGCCACGAGCAGAAGAAAGUCUUUGGUGGUGAGGGCGGCAUCGAGGAACGAAUUCGGAGAGGGAGAGGCCAGAUGCGGGUGGAGGCUGAUUGA